AUGAUAGUAAUGCGAUCGCCUGAGGAGGGCCCCCGGACUGGAGCUAGUCCUGGAACGGGCGUACAUGCGAGCGGCCAGUGGCUAGAGGAAUUGGUGCAAGAGCGGACCCCUAGUCAUCGGGCUCAGCCCGUAAAACGAACGCUAAACAGAACCCGCAGCACAAGAAAUCACAAUGGCAAUGCUGCACCUGCAAAUGAUGCUGCGAUUGGACGACGUCAGUCACUCACAUUGACAGGCCGCCAACGGCAACGAAUCAUGUGGACGAGAGAGAUGAAUGAAUUCGUGAUUCGUUGCUAUUAUGUCUGCACAAGAUUGGAGACGGACAUGUCCGGCAGACCAAGAAUGCUGGAAAUGUUCAACGAGCAGUUCCCACGAUUUGCCGGCCAACUAGAUCGGAAUAAGCUCUACACACGGAGACGAGCGAUUUUGUCACACAACAUGCUGUCCCCGGCUGAAAUAGAGGCCAUCAAGUUGGAAGUGCAACGAGAACUGCGUAGAGAGAGUGGAAGAUCGAGCGAUAUGUCGAGAAGGAGCUCGGCUAGGCUGAGUGCAUCGUUCGCUAGUGAAAGGCGCGAAUCUAUUGCACCACCACCGGAUCCAGUGGAUGAGCCUAGAGAACAAGAGCCGGCAGAGGAUCAACAACGAGGUCAACUAAAGAACGAAUUGGCUUUCCACAUGGAUGCAGCAGUGACCCAGUUUUACGGAACGGACCCCUUAACCCGACACAAGAUUCCGAAGUUGCAGUAUUCCCACCGACUAACGAGUGCCGUCCAAGUACUCGACCAGGAAGUUCUACCUGUGUACCUGAAAGUGGUAGAGAAUCUAGAGGAGCUGCAAUUUAUCGUUUAUUGUGGAACUGUAGCUGUUGUACGGACGUUAGGAAUGCGCACCUUUCACCAAGACGAUAGACAGAACCGCGUACUCUCCAAAAAACCGAAACCUGCUUGGAUGAGACGCCUGGAAGGUCGUAUCCAAACGCUCCGAGUAAAAAUCGGUCGACUAACGCAGUACAAGAGGGGAAGUCGAUCGCGAAAGCUGAUUCGUGGAGUUGCUGAAAUUGUGAAGCCGGCAGAGCUCUCUGAUCUUAAUGAAAACCGCAUCAUUGAGAUCCUCUACACCCAUGUACAACGGUUGAGUGCCUUCUACAGCCGCAUCAAAAAGAAACGCAAUAAUUACGAUGGUGGUCUUCCUGAGAUUGACGAAGUUACCCAGUUUUGGUCAGGCUUAUGGGAGAACCCUAUUAAACACCGAAGUAACAGGAUGUGGCUGGCAGAAGAAGAGGAAUAUGGAAACGGACCUGAAGCAAUUAUGGUAACCGCCCAUGAUAUCAACGAAGCCAUUCGAUAUUCCAGGAAUUGGGCUGCGCCAGGACCAGAUUUCGUGCACAAUUUCUGGUGA